AUAACGCGCUUCGAGAUGACUAAAACUAUUCUCCAUUGGAUAUUACUCUCAACUAUUGGCUACAUUCAAGCGGAUUUGGAUGUAUGCCUCCAGGAUUUGGGUUGCCUGCAUGGCACGUUGAUGCCGGACUCCAGGCAGGAGCAGUUCGAAGCCUUUAUGGGAAUACCAUUCGCCCAGCCGCCGAUAGGAGAAUUACGCUUUAAGAAUCCUGUAGCAGCAGGAGCCUGGACAGGUGUCCUGGAUGCCAGCGCACCACGCAGCCAUUGCCUGCAAAAGUGUUAUUUCAUGCCUGGUUGGCCCAUCUCCGGAGAGGAGGAUUGCCUCUAUUUGAAUGUCUAUCGGCCUCAAGGCGUAGCAGGUCCUUUGCCUGUUAUGGUCUACAUCCACGCGGGUGGGUAUCUCUGUGGCUCCGCCUGUCCUUUGGCCAGCGGUCCGGAGUUUCUGAUGGAUACGCAGCAGGUUAUUGUGGUUACAGUCAGCUAUCGAUUGGGUCCAUUUGGCUUUCUGAGCACUGGAGAUGCUCACAUGACUGGAAAUUUCGGUUUGAAGGAUCAGCGCUUGGCUCUGCAAUGGGUGCAGCAACACAUUUCGGCCUUUGGCGGCGAUCCGAAUCUGGUGACCAUCUUUGGCCACAGCGCGGGUGGAGUAUCCACGCACCUGCUCAUGCUAAGCCCCAGCUCAAAUGGACUCUUCCACCGCGCCAUGUCCUUAAGCGGCACUGCGAUGCUGGGCACUACCAUGGUAUACAACCCACUUGAACAGGCUCAACAGCUGGCAGAACGUGUGGGCGUGGCUAACGCCAAGUCCCUUGACACCCAGGCUUUGGCUGCUGCUCUACGUGCAUCGGAUGCAAACGAUUUGCUGGAAGCCGGCAACGUCUUUAAGAGAUGGGAUAGCGUACCCAUAAUUAAUUAUGCUGCAGUUGUGGAGCAGCCAGAUGCACCCGAGCCCUUCAUUACCGAGUAUCCCAUUCCGGCACAUAUGGCGGGACGCAUCAACCAGGUGCCCUGGCUGCUGAGCAGCACCUCGAGGGUUGGCGAGGGAGCCUUGUUCAUCAUGCACAUCUAUAUGAAUCCGCAGCUGCUGAAGGAGUUCAACGAGAACUUCUUGGAGCUCUUCGGCUUGAUGAUGUACCUGCCCGCGGGCCACACCAAGGAAACUGUCCAGGAUAUCCUGGAAAUGUAUGGCGUAAAGGAAAUGCAGCUGAAUGAGAAUACAUUGGUGGACCUAUGCGGCAUUCUGGGUGACUUCUUAUUCACUUAUCCGCUCUAUGUGUCAGCCUCCAGCUACGCGGCGUAUGCUCAGCAGCCAGUUUCGAUCUAUAGCUUUGAGUUUACCAGCAAAGUAACUUACGGCGCUUUGCUUACGGGCGGAGUAGUGUUUGAGCAGCUGGGCGCAUCUCACUUGGAUGAUGCCAUACACACAAUACGAAUGCCCAUAUUCUUUCCAGAUUUUCCAAAGGGCUCUGAAAAUGAUAUCGUGACCAAGCGCUUGGCUUCCUUGUUGGUGGAGUUUGCCUGGAAUGGCACUCUCCCUGAUGACACUCACUUGCAGCCCUGCAAAUCUGCGGACUUUACCGCUGAUGAAAUGUGUAACUAUCUCCGUCUGGGGCAAUUGAAUGGAGCCUAUCAAGAGACAGUUGAGAAACGUGUGGAUAUGCGUACAUUGGCUAUAUGGAAGAAGCUAUACUUGUAGAAGAAAUCAUAAGGCAUAUGAACAAUAUUUCAGCAUAAGAAUAGUCAUGGGUAAAACU